AUGAAAAGGGGCGGGAGGAACGAGAGCGGUAAGAAGCUUGUGAGCGGAGGAGGAGCCGCCGCCGUCGCGUGUCUCCUGCUUCCUCUCCUCGUCCUCGCCGUCCUCAAGUCCGACUUCAUGCCGCAACAGGCUGUUCACAUUGCAGAGACCAGCAUUGGCGAAGCUGGUGUAGAGGGUGCGAUAUGGCAGCCGCGGCAACAACUGGUAGCCAAGUCAAAAGCUGCACAUGAUCCGGUCGUCGAAGCACCCCCUUCUUCUCCGGCGUCGGGCGACGAGAUGCCCGACAAGGUCGUCGAUGCAAACAGAGAUCUCAAAAAUGGGAAGGGGUUCCUCGCCACGAAGAUGGGAAUGGAUGGUUCUUUGAUAAAAUCAGGUUAUAACUAUUGUGUGCAUGCAGAUGCUGAUGUAGCCGCACCAAGGAGCAAGUUAAGUUGCAACUUCAGCAGCUAUCGCACCAACAUGUGUGCCAUGCAAGGUGACGUCCGUCUGCACGGCAAAACCGCUACUGUCUACGUCGUCUCAGCGUCCGACGACAACCGGCCAGACAAUGGGACGAUCACGAUCCGCCCGUACCCGCGCAAAUGGGAGACACCGACGAUGCAGCUGGUCCGUGAGGUGACCAUCCGCUGGAGAGCCCCACCGGGACCGGGUGCGCCGCGGUGCACGGUGACCUACGACGUCCCAGCGGUGGUCUUCUCCACCGGUGGGUACGGCGUCAACAUCUUCCACGCCAUCACCGACAUCAUCAUGCCUCUCUACAACACGGCGCGGGAGUACGACGGCCGCGUCCGGCUCGUGGCCACAAACUACGACCGCAAAUGGAUCGCCAAGUACCGCCACGCCCUCUCCAUGCUCUCCAUCUACCCGGUCAUGGACUUGGACGCCGACAACGAGGUGCGCUGCUUCCCGUCGGUGCAUGUCGGAACGGAGAGCCAUAAGGAGCUAGGGAUUGACUCGGCUCUCUCCGGCAAGGGCUACACGACGAUGGGUUUUCGCGGCCUGCUCCGGUCGGCUUACUCUCUGAAGCGUGAGUGGGUGACCCCCAUAAAGAGUGGAAGGCCUCGUCUCGUCAUGGUGCUGCGGAGGAACUCGAGGGCGCUGAUGAACGAGGCGGAAGUUAUAGCAGCUGCCACUGAGGUUGGCUUCGAGGUGGUAGCCGCGGGGCCGGAGGUUGUGCGCGACCUGGGCAAGUUCGCGGGGACGGUGAACUCGUGCGACGUGCUGGUGGGCGUGCACGGCGCGGGGCUGAGCAACAUGGUGUUCCUCCCGCGCAACGGCACGGUGGUGCAGAUCGUCCCUUGGGGCGAGAUGAAGUGGCCGGCCUGGACCUCCUACGGCGAGCCGGUGGCUCCCAUGGGGCUUCGCUACGUCGAGUACGAGGUGACCGCGGAGGAGACGACGCUCAAGUACGUGUACCCGAGGAACCACACCGUGUUCACGGAUCCCGUCUCCCUGCACAAGCAGGGAUUCAACAUGUUGUGGGAGACCUUCCUCAACGGGCAGAACGUCACCCUCGACAUCCACCGCUUCACAGGGGUCCUGCAACACAUCUACCGCUCCGUUACCAUCACAUCAUAA